AUGUCUUCCGUCGCGUGGCAGGUCACCGCGUCGGCAAAAAGGGACGAAUUAUUAGCACAUGUGCCUCCGGAUUGGAAACUUGAUGAGCAUGUCGUGCUUUCUGCGCAAAGCCCUUGGGAGACACUCAGCCGCGCUCUCUCGACCGGCGAGCUAGACAUCACAGAAAGGCCAGCACACGAGCUGCUACACGCUCUGCGAACUGGUGACUUGACAGCAAGCGAAGUCGCCGUGGCCUUUUGCCAUCGUGCUGUGCUGGCGCAUGAAUUGACGUGCUGCCUCAGUGAGCUGGAUAUUCGCGGUGCCAUUGCCCGUGCCAGAGAACUCGAUGACUUCUGGAACACGCACCACUCGCCCAUUGGUCCUUUGCAUGGCCUUCCCAUCAGCCUCAUGGACCGUUUCCAUGUCGCAGGAUGGGACUCUGCUUGUGGCUUUGCAAGUUGGACGCAGGCCAAGAAAUCCGUCGCGGACGAAGGCACCUUGGUCAAAAGCUUGCGAGAGCUCGGUGCUGUGCUGUUCUGCAAGACAAAUCUGACCGUGGUGGUACAGAUGGGUGAGACGGCAAAUAAUAUCAUUGGGACCACCGUCAGUCCAUUCAAUCGCCAUCUUUCAGCGGGCGGUGCAUGUGGUGGCGAGGGUGCUCUACUUGCCCUCAAAGGCUCUCCGCUUGGUAUCGGCACUGAUGUUGCAGGAUCCAGCCGCAUUCCCAGCGCCUUCAAUGGACUCUGGUCGCUGAAAAGCUCCGAGGGUCGCUUGCCAUACAGCGGCAUCGCAACGGUUCUGCGAGGCCUGCCCAUUUCUGGAGGUGCCAUCGGUCUCAUGUCAAGAUCGCCUGAUGGCCUCCUGGAAGUGUUCCAGGGUCUAUUGUCAGCACGGCCGUGGCUAUCGGAUCCGAGAGUGCUUGAGCUUCCGUGGCGGCAAGAAAAGCUGGACGCCAUACGCAGGCGCAAAUCACAAGCAGACGCUGUUCCCGGGAGACUUGUGUUCGGAAUCAUGGCUUCAGAUGGACACGUGCAGCCACAUCCUCCUGUGAGCCGAGCAAUACUGAUGCUCACUCAAGCCCUGCAACAUUGCGGCUACGAGACAGUGCUUUGGGACCCACCGCCUCAUGCAGCCGCCGUCGAGAAUCUUUUCAGGAUUUUCGGCUCUACAGCUGCUGCUGAAGCACGUCUUGCUCUGAAUCAGAGUGGCGAGCCACCGGUCCCUCAGCUCAAAGAUGCAUGUCUCACAGCCAGUCUGUGCGAUAGGCAGCAACAAUACCAAGCACAAUAUGCCUCGUAUUGGCGCUCCUUCACCAACCUGACCACGUCGGCACGCAUACCAGAUGGCGUGAUACUUCCGGCUACACCGCAUACUGCUUCGCGACAUGGAGAAUUCCACUACUUCGGCUACUCUGCCAUCGCGAAUGUCCUCGACUAUCCUGCUGCCACCUUUCCAGUCACUGUCGGUGACCGCGAGGUGGAUCAAACAAACGGGUCGAGAUCGCGGCUGAGCGAUGUCGAUGCUCGUGUGCAACAGACCUUUGAUCCUCAAGACGUUCAUGGUAUGCCCGUCGGCCUUCAGGUCAUGUGUCCUCGGCUUCAGGAAGAGCAGGUCCUUGGGUUGGUGGAAGUCAUUUCUGACGCUUUGAACCGCUUUCAAACCUUUGCUGCUACGUAA